AAAGUACUAUAAGAUGGCGGCUAAAUUUACAUUUUCAACAUCCACAUGCUAUCUCGACGAAGGAUCGUUCUAGCGUACACGCGUCAAGAUGCUGGUGCUGUGAAAGACAGUCGAGUUCUCACAAACCAACGAGCAAAGCAUGCGACGACUGAACACGUCGUUGGAUGUGUUCCUUGGGCUUGUGCUCAGCCACGGCCAAGUGGAGCGGCAUCCCAUGGCACGCAUCGUGGGCAUGAUGGAAUCGUCCGACCCAGUCCAACGUGAUGAUCAAGCAGCCUCCUGCCAUGUGUAUUCGCUUCGAGAGGAGAUUGUCACCUCUCAAUCAUCUUUGAAUCCACGGUAUGACGUGAUGGCUAUUGAAGUCUAUGCCACGGUGGCAUAG